AUGGCCUCGACAAUAGACGACGAGGAUAUGCCUCCAGAGCUAGUAGAUGUGACCAUAAUGUCGGCUGCACCGGACUCCGUGAAAGAAGAGGAAUCGACUCCCCGGGUCCCCAUAACUAUCGUGACAGGAUACUUGGGUGCCGGAAAAACCACCUUGUUGAACUAUAUCUUGACGGAAAAGCACGGCAAGAAGAUCGCCGUCAUCAUGAACGAGUUCGGUGAUUCCUCGGAUAUUGAAAAGCCUUUGACUGUAAAUGAAGGCGGCCAAGAAGUCACUGAAUGGAUGGAAGUUGGAAACGGUUGCAUCUGCUGCUCAGUCAAGGACACGGGUGUCAUGGCUUUGGAGUCUCUCAUGGAGCGCAAAGGAACGUUUGACUACAUCUUGCUUGAGACCACCGGCCUGGCAGAUCCAGGCAAUAUCGCCCCCGUCUUCUGGAUGGAUGAUGGCUUGGGAAGCUCCAUAUAUCUGGAUGGAAUUGUCACCCUCGUCGAUGCAAAGAAUAUUCUUCGAUUACUUGACGAGCCUGCGCCAGAGGAAAAGGCAGAUGCUCACAACGAAGAAGCGCACGAGCAUGGCUCGGGCCCCAUUCUGUCCAUGGCACAUAUGCAGAUCUCGCAUGCUGAUGUCAUCAUCGUUAACAAGGCUGAUUUGGUGACCCCUGAACAAAUGGAUGCUGUCAGGGAUCGGGUCUCGGCGAUCAACAGCGUCGCCAAGAUUCAUGUCACAGACCAUAGUCGAACGCCGCAAAUUGAAGGCGUUGUUCUGGACUUGCAUGCCUACGAUCAUCUGGACGACCUGGAUUUCAGCAAGAAGGGUCACAGCCACAUCGACCCGGCUAUCUCAACCAUUGCAGUCACAAUUCCUCCAGUUUCAGCGGAUCAAAUACCGCGCGUAGACAGCUGGUUGCAAUCCGUACUGUGGGAGUCAACUCUGCCUCAGCCGAGGAGCGGAUCCCGAGAUGGCCAUCCCGUUCAGUUCGAAAUUCAUCGCCUAAAGGGCAUUCUUCGCCUUCAGGAUGGCUCGUGCAAAAUCAUACAGGCAGUUCGCGAUGUGUUUGAGAUCCGAGACUCUGAAGCCCGCAAGGAUGACGAUAAGCCGUCCCAAGAUCAAUGCAAGAUAGUUUUGAUUGGCCGAGGCUUAGGUCCAGUGCUGGAUCCAUGGAAACAAAGCCUGGAAGCUUUCAUUGGCAGAUAG